ACACUCAAGCUACAGCAUACCGAACUGAAGCGCACAAGUCGCCCAAGCUUACGCAUGGUUGUCCUCUGUAAGCUAACUCAUCUUCAUACAUUCUUCUGUACUGCGACCUGACAAAUAACCGUCUUCUACCACCCAACCUCCACCACCACCAUGUCACCCACCCUAGAGUUCAACUACGACAUCUCCUGCCCCUUCGCCUACAUAGCCUCCACACGCGUCCAAUCCCUCGCCCAACGCACUUCCUCAACCCUGACCUACAAACCCGUCCUCCUAGGCGCCAUCUACCGCGCAACAUCCGCGCCCCAAGGCGCCGGCGGCUCUGCCUCCGAUGUCUUCAACUCCGCCAAAAAGGCCGUCACAGCACAGGGCAUGCAACGCACACUACGCAGAUACAACAUCCGGUACAACCCACCGCCCCAGCAUCCGCGGAAGACUGUCAAUGCGCUCCGUCUAUUGUACUGUGUGAAGGACCAGGAAAGGAGGAGGCUGCUUACGGAUAGGCUGUUUCAAGCUUACUGGGUAGACGGCCAAGAUGUAAAUUCUAACACGACGCUUUUGCAGAUUGCGAGAGAGUGUGGGGUGGAAGGGUUUGGAGAGGAGUGUUUUGCUGACGUGGAGGCGAGGAGAGAGUUAGAGAAGAGUACGGAAGACGCGAUCCAGAGAGGUGCUUUUGGUGUUCCCGGCUUCUGGAUCCCGGAUGCGGUGUGGACGGGGGUUGAUGGCGAGGAGAAGAAAGGGAGGUUCUUUUGGGGACAGGAUCGUAUGCAUUUUGUUGAGGCGACGUUGAAUGCUCUUUCAUCCUCUGCUUCGGCUGGUAAAGGGUGGAGUAGUGUCGCGGCACUCAAGAGUCUGAUGCCACGCUGUAUCCCUAGGAAUACUCCUCACGGUCAGGUCAAGCUGGAGUUUUGGUUCGAUUUCAGCAGUCCUUGGGCGUUUCUCGGGUACACGCAACUGGAAAGACUAAAGAGUACUUUUGGAUCAGGGCUGGAGGUUGUCAUGAAGCCGUUUUUGCUGGGCAUAUUGUUCAGAGAGAUUGGUGCACCGAACCUACCAGGUUCGGCGAUUAGUCCUGCGAAGGCGAUGUGGUCGAGACAAGAUCACGCGGAUUGGACGGAGUAUUGGAAUGCUAUUAGUACACAGGAUGGUGGUCGACAGGUCAAGUUCCAUUGGGCGGAUACGUUUCCCAUUCGGACACCGACUGUCUUGAGGGUUGCUAUCGUGGAGCCGGGCACUACGAAGUUGCUGUUCGAAGCAUGCUGGUCCCACAACCGAAACGUCUCCGACGAUUCUGUCCUCCGCACUGUUCUUGACGAGGGCGGUUUCAAUGGUGCUGACCUCAUCGCGCGCGCGAACGAAGCCGCGGUCAAAGCCAAACUACGGGCUUUGACUGCAGAGGCAAAGGACUUGGGCCUUUGUGGUGUGCCUACAUAUCGUGUGCUGAGACAGACGAACGGUGGAGAGUGGACAGCAGUUGGCGGGUUGGUGUGGGGACAGGACGAGAUCAAUGUUGUGGAGGACCUGAUCGCUGGGUGGAAUCCAGAGAGUUCGAGUGGGGUUGCUGAGGUAGCGAAGGGAGAGAAGGGUGCGAGUGCGAAGUUGUAAACACGGCAUAGUGGUUAUUCUAGAAAAGAGAAAAUGUCGAAGUCUCAAUGGCUUACUUCGCUAAUUCAUGGCUCACGAGACAUUAGUGCAUAGUGAGAUUUACUUGGUAGUGGGUGACGAUCAAAUUAUCGUAGUGUUGUACCAUGGCACAUACACAUGUCGUUUAAU